AUGGCUCAGCCGCCUCACAGUCAGUUGGCACCAUUGCCAACGAACCUACCCUUCGAUCUGGUAUCGGAAACUCUCGGUCGUGGCGCUUAUGCUUUCAUCCGUAAAGGAAAGGAGCCAGGAUCCGGUACUGUUUGUGCUGUCAAGUUCAUCCACAAGCAAUAUUCUGAGAAGUAUGGCAACAUAACUCCAAAGCAACUUCUUAUGGAAGUCGGCCUGCACCAGCAUGUCGGUGCCCAUAAGAACGUCAUCCAAUUUUAUGCCAGUGGUGAAAGCACCAUAUGGAGAUGGAUCGCUAUGGAAUUCGCGGAUGGUGGAGAUUUAUUCGAUAAAAUUGAGGCCGACGUGGGUGUUCAAGAAGACAUUGCUCAUUAUUACUUCCAACAACUUAUCGCCGGUACCGAAUUCAUUCACUCUAAAGGUGUCGCUCAUCGGGACAUCAAACCGGAGAAUAUCCUCUUGGACUCAGAUGGCAACCUCAAAAUCGCCGACUUUGGUUUUGCAACAUUGUUCAAACAUAAAAACCAGGUCAAAAAGAGUACUCAGCUCGUCGGAUCGCCACCAUACGUUGCACCCGAGGUAUCCGAAGGCAAAGGUUACAUAGGCGACCAAGUAGACGUAUGGUCCUGUGGUGUUGUUCUCUUCGUCCUUUUAACGGGAAAUACACCCUGGGACGAACCAACCAACCGCUCUCCGGAGUAUGUCCAAUAUAAGUCCACUGGUGGAAAUGCCACAUACGACCCAUGGCCCCAAAUAAAACCAGCUGUUCGACCUCUCAUCCAAGCCAUGAUGGAAAUCGAUCCCAGCAAACGCUAUACAAUGGAACAAAUAAGAUCACACUUAUGGUAUAAAACCAACAACCCCCUUCUAAACGUGGAGGCUCGUGCAAGAGGGUUGGUCCUUGCGACACGUCUAGUCGAGGGUCUCCAUGUACCCCUCACCCAAGUCGCUGCUACUCCAGAAGACGACGGUGACGACGAAGGCGAUGACGAUGACAUGGACUACGAAGAAGAAGAUACUAUAGUUGUCGAUGACGUCGAAACUUUCCGUGCACAACUAAGUUCACAAGCAGAACCAAGCUCCUCAGCCGCAACGGACGCAACAGAUGCAACGGACCUGGUCCCUAACACUCAAGCACUGAGUGAUGACAUGGAAUCCCUCACACUAGACCCAGAAGACGUCAAUCCAGAGCUAAGCAGUCAACAGCCAAGUCAAUAUCUCCGUGAAAAGGCCGCAAACGUGCAAAGCUUUGCUGCAAACCAGCGAAGACAACAAUACCAAUCCCAGCAAUCUUCGUUUAGCAGUUUUAACUACAACGACCAGCAGAUAUUAGAGUCUGUGAACGAAGACCCCUCGCAAUCGCAAUUUUCGGCACAACCGGCGGUAUCUCUUACUUUGACACAGGCUGCAAGACAGUUCAAUGACAUUUGUCCAUCAGGACGGUUAACGAGGUUUUAUACUCUUUGGCCUUAUUCACGUUUGCUCCCGCUUCUGUUAAGUAGUCUGCGGAAAUCCGGGGUACCGGUUGAUGAGAGGUGUUAUAAUGAGAAUAUUGAAGAGUUGGAGAAGCAAGGUGAUGAUGCGUACAUUAAGAUUGCGACGAGGGAUAGCAGACAAUGCGUUUUGACAGGGCGUGUUGGGGUUGAGAGGGUUACCAGUGAAGAAGGAGACGGACUCUAUGUAGUUGGAUUUGAAAAGGCGAGAGGCUGUCCUUUGGAAUGGAGAAGGUUGUUUAAGAGGGUUAGUCUGCUGUGUCAAGAGGCGGUGUUUAGGGGGAGAGGGUUGGGGUGA